GCUUGAGGAGGAAAAAGAAAAAAAAAAAACCAAAAUCCAAGUUUUUUAUAAUUCACUAGUAUUUGAGGUUAAGGACAAUGGCUUCAGGAGGAUCAAAAUCAGUAGCCUCAAUCCUUUUAGCCUUGAAUCUAGUUUUGUAUUUCAUUGUCAUUGUAAUUGCUUCGUGGGCAAUGAAUCAUGGGAUUCAAAGGUCUAGAGAAGCAGCAUCAGUUUUGACGACUCCGGCUCGAAUAUUCCCAAUAUACUUCCCAAUGGGGAACAUGACAACCGGUUUUUUCAUAAUUUUCACUCUUAUUGCUGGUGUUGUGGGAUUCACUACCUCAAUAACUGGAUUGAAUAACAUAUUCCAAUGGAAUGCUCCUAAUUUAGAUGCUGCAGCCAUGUCUUCAUUGACAACAUGGGCACUCACUCUACUAGCCAUGGGAUUUGCAUGCAAAGAGAUUGAACUUGGCUGGACUGACUCAAAUCUGCGUACCCUUGAAAUUAUCACAAUAAUUGUAAGCGCAACACAACUGCUAUGCACCAGUGUUAUCCAUGUUGGGGCUUCAGAAGUUACUUUGCAAAGAAUUGCAAGAGUAUGAGUUUUAGUUGGUAGCAAACAUGAAUAUUCUCAAAAAACAACUACAGAAUUAUAUUGUAACUUAAGUUGUUUCAACUUCUUUUUUCUUUUUAAUUUUAACUAAUCUCUUGUUUAUUUAUUUCAUUUCAUUUUUAAAGUUGUUUCUCAUUUAUUUCA